AUGUUUUACGUUGAUUCUCAACGGACUAUUACAAGACGCGAGAGCUCUUUAAUAGUUGGAAAAUACAAUAAAGAUGAAAAAAUCGAUUAUGAAGCAUUUUCUACUGCUCGCGGGGCAUCCACUGUGCGUCUUGUUAGCGAUUCUGGCGCCUCCUUAGAAGCCCGUCAGAAAGGCUCGGUUCAAAAAGAGCUCGUCACUAUGCUAUUCGAAUCAAUGCUUGACCAUAUAGUGGAUUCUUGGGAAGUUAUUGAAACCAGAAAAGUUGAAGAAGUUACUACAGAUUUUCCGCGGACAGCUAGCGAGUUAACUUUUGGAAGCAAGAAAAAGAAGUCAAUAGUUAAAUCAAGUAAAAAUAAGAAAAGUCAAUCAAAAAUGGAGUUUUACGACAAUGCACAGACUGAUUUGUCAAUCCAACAAUGUUGGUGGGCAUCUCCAGAUGAAAGAGCCAUCAUAAGGUUUCGCAAUGGAAAUAUUUACGAGGGCGAUAUAUCUAUGAAGUGCAUGCAUGGAGAAGGACGAUUCCAGUGGGCAGAUGGAACCGUUUAUUUAGGUCAAUUCAAAGAUAACGAAAUUAACGGUAAGGGUCUCAUUCAAUGGAAAGAUGAUACAUGGUAUGAAGGGGAUUUUGUUGGAAAUAUUCGUCACGGUAGAGGCCUGUACGUUGAUUCCCGGAAACAACUUUCGUACUCAGGAGGUUGGCACUGUGGUACUAAACACGGUCUUGGAGCCAUAUAUUUUUCCGGAACUUUUAAAAAUUCCUAUACCGGUGAAUGGGUCCACAAUGUGCGGCAUGGGUUUGGAUCACGUGAAUACUGUGCUUUGAGUGGCUAUAAAGGUGAUUGGGAUUAUUAUGUAAGAGACGGAAAAGGUUUGAUGAUAUGGCCAAAUCACGAUUUUUACAGAGGCGCAUGGAAGAAUGGUGUCAUGUCUGGAUACGGAAUUUAUAUUUGGGAUUCUUAUUUUAACAAUUCCAUGUCAUUGCCUUCUAUUAUUGCUUAUAGGGGCAAUUGGGAGAGAGGUCGACGUCAUGGGUAUGGUGUCUUAAACCUAGGUUUCGGUUUAGGAUCGUAUUAUAAGGGAGAGUUUAAAAAUAAUAAUAAACACGGAGCGGGAAAAUUUAUAACUAAUAGUGGAUUAAUACUUCAAGAUAAAAAUUUGUUUAUUGAUGAUUACUUUGGACCACUAUCUACUAACAACGAAUGCAAUAAUUUACCACUGGAUUAUAAAAGAACUCAGCCUCAAGAACCUUAUCAAUUUGAUAUUUGUGAUGAAUAUAUUGGUCUUUUUUAUCACAUUGAACAAGCUAUUAAAAAUCUGGAUAAAGAUCAAGAAACAAGAGACGCUAUUAUAAAUGAAUAUUUGGAAAACAACAAAACAUUGGAUUACAUUGUUCAGAAAAAUGACCGACAAACGGAAUGCGAUAGUUUUAAUUUUGUUGAUUUCCUAAAAUUUGAAGAGAAUUCCUUGCGAAAAUCCCUCCAGUGUUAUGAAAUACAACUUAAACGUAUAUAUUACCAAUAUGCAACUAUUUGUAACGAUGAAGAAAUAUACCACACACCAAUUCUUAUACGUUUAUAUUUAUGGCAAUUAUAUUAUGAUUGUAACAUUCAUGAGAAAGGACUUACUCUUGUAGAAAUAGAUAGAAUGUUUCAUGCUAACCCAGAGUGGUUAGCUAGAUCACCACACAAUCCAUUUGAAAAAAUUUACUUUUGGCAAUUUCUACACUGUCUUAUUUCGAUAGCCAAUAAGCUGUACGCGAAACACCAAUUGCCUGAAAAAAGGCCCGAUACUAUUUUAGCGGGAGCAUUUAGAAUUUUUAUGGAAAAUGAUGUUUUACCAGGUGCUGGCCGUAAAAAAGGACGUUUAACAAGUGGGUAUGGAUCAUUCGUACCUCUUAAAGGAGUAUAUAAUUUAUAUCGAUGUCUAGGAGAGCCUUGCACUGUAAGAGACUUUCUAUGUGGUAUGCGACGACCUCCACAUUACACGGAUAUGCCACAACCAGCUUUGAAAGAAGAAGUUUUACUAGGUCGAAAUGCAUACGUUUUCGGCGAUGAGAUAACUUUUAUCGCAGAUAAUCAAGAAGUAGACGAUUAUUGCGAGAUGACUGAUUUGAAAUUGUUUAAUAUCAGUAACCUUUCCAGUAAGACAGUGAUAUCAUAUUUCUCCUUAAUCUUUCCUCAAAUCAUAGAAAAGGAUAAAAUAAUGAAUUUAAACAUUGAACUGACUUUCUUUGAAUUUUUCGAGGUAUUCGUUGCAUGUGUCGAAGAAAGCAUUCGGUUAACUGAGGAAGAAUUAAAAAAUAGAGAACGAUCCUCUUGUAUUACGCCUGAUGAAAACAAUGUUAAAAUAAAAUAA